UAAAACGUGCGAGGAUGUGUGUUGACUGUUGUUGGGACGUCGCCGCCGUCGCGUGAAUCCGUUUUGGUGUGAACAAUCCCCGUAAGCCGAGUUGGACAAUUGUUCAUCCAUAGCAGGGCAACACCGCCAGGACGGUGGAUAAGGCGAAGACGGCGAGCGCCAGAACCGUGGAAAAGUGUCAUCUUUAUCGAAAAUUGCGCCGUCAGCGGUUUUAAGUGGCGCGCAAAAUCAUAAUAAAAGGCGUGCGAAUGUGCAGAGAACGCGGGUGCGGGGAUUGCCUUUUCUGAUUUUUUCCUGGCCUUGAUUUCGGACGAAACUGCAGCCAUAAAAAAGACAUUCAACGUGUGAUCGCCGUUUCGAUUGUCCACGCGAAAGAAGGAAAAACGGCCAACAAUGGGUGGUAGCACUGGGCGUGGGAAGGUUCAGUCAUAAUAUCUCUUUGAGAGGGCACAUCAACAGUGGAAUUAACAGUCAAAAAAAAAAACGAUUUUCGGCUGACAUCCAGUUCAACAAAGGAUUAGUACAAUAGCUCGCAAUGGUACAAAAAGUGAGGGAUGAAUGUGAAGGUUCCGCUUGAGAAGUGUUAUCCUAAGUGGUUGAGAGAAGCGGAAGAAGUUUUACUUUCACGCACUGAUGGAAGAGCUCGGCACAAAUCGCUCGAGAAGCUGUUAAAUGGGUCGGGAAAAUCGUUGCCGGAGAAUAGUGCUGCGGGGAAGUGAGCUCUAGACGGUAAUAGUAAACCCUCGGGGUGAUUGAUUUGAGUUUGUGUUUUGAGUUAUGGACUAGAUGCUUACCGGUGAUGGAAUGGUGAAAGCGUGAAGUAAGAUGGAUAUGGGAAGUGCACGUAAUUGAGAUCAGCAUUCUACAACUUCCAAGAGUUUUCGGAAUAUCAGUCGAUCAGCACUUUUACACCUAUCCAAUUUUCUGCCAGAACAUAAAAAUUAAGUUCCUCCUGGUACCGGUGCAACAGUCGGUGAAGGCAGCUGUUGGAAGUUUGGGAGUUUUCAAUCAAGAGAACUGCUUCGUUAUGUGACGUUUGCAUUUUUGAUCAUUUUCUGGGUGCAUCUGCCAGUUUUGGAAAGCUGUGAAAAAAUCAAAGAAAAAGGUGAAAAUCCAAUUGAAUUAAAGUGUGCAAUCCGGGUGUUUGAGCUUCGGUGCUGCGGGGUGCUCAAUGUGACCAGAAUAAAAUAUUCAGUUACAUACAUCUAUAUAGGAGAACCGUUGAAUGAGGGGUGUGAAGUGUAAGUGUCUCCACCGUUCAGGCAGCUCUAGGCGGGUGUGAACGAAGAACGUGCUCUAGUGAAAAUAUUUGAUUUAUUCGACAAGCGGAGAAAUUUGCACAAAUAUCCGAUCCAUUGUGUCCAGUGUGGUAGCUGUGUGCCGAUCCCUUUUAUUCCGGAAGGCGGAAGCUUUGGGAGAUUUGUCUGCGUUUUUUUUCAUCCCGUGAUUUAAGGUGCUGGAAGCGAUAAAAAAGGGCGAGAAGUAUAUUGUGUGGGGAGCACCUCGUGUUUAAAUUUGCUUUUUGGAGCAGUCAGCUGCCAGAAUGCUGCAGGUAACGGCAGAUCGGAUGUCCGGACGACGGAGCAGCUCCAUCGGGUGCCGCUCGAUUAUCGGCCGAAGGACGUCGAUGUACAUCAACCAGACCCAGCACGACCGGGAUCCCUUCAAGCUUAUCCUGGAAAUCAACAGCGAAGUGGCACUGUUCAGAGAUCUGCUAAUACACGUCGGUCAGGCACGGGACUGUCCGGAACUACGUGAAAAAAUCCGGAAAUUGCGACGAUCCUGCGUGGAAGCAUGCAAACACACCUCGGCGCUAAUACUUCCGCAGAUUCGGCAGGCCCUCGCCGAAGGAAUUCUGGCGGACAACCCCCACCUGGUGCUGCUUUUCUACCUAUCACAACUGUUUCUUAGAGAACUUAUUAAAAGCCACCGACUGGUGCAGGUCAUUCCUAUGGAUAUGUCCGGAUAUUAUGAAAACCGAGCUGGUCCAUCUAACCUUGGGAACGUGAUAAGUCAGAUACUGCUGUGUAAGCAGAUUACUCCCGAUUUCAACCAGGAGGAACUGUGCAGUAUAACCAAGGACUCGCAAGAGAUUGCACGGAUAUUGCAGGACCUGCAGGAGUUCAUGCCACAACAAGAAACGUAUUUAGAGCGCACGAUUGCUCUAACGACCGAAAUCAACGGACCAUGGCCGGCGAAACGACGACGGGGUUCGCUCUACAAAAAUAUGGGCCUUCUGUGCUGUGUCUCGCGACCUAACUACCUAUGAAUAUAGGUGGUUGCAGUUUUCAGCAAUCACUUCCAACAACACCCAGCCUCCCACCCUGGAGCGGGACAGCACUGGAACACGUCGGGGUCAUCAGCUAUUGCUCCCUACACCACUUUGUCAUAGGAUCUUAUCUAGUGGAUGACAUCGUCGUCACCACACCGUAACCAACCACCAGCUGCACAUUGUCGUUGUCGCGACUUGAAUAAAACCACAAAACCAUCACCAUACCAAUAGACAGAUGGCAGAGAGAAGACCACCAAAUUCCAGUACCUUUAGAUAAGUUUAUUUUUCUAUGUGUGUUAUUUCUAUAUAGAACGAAUAGAGGAUGUUAGUAAAAGAAAACUAUAAUAUAUACGACUCAUAAUACGGUAGAAAUAUCUCAUGAGCAAUUCUGAAACGGCAAACAAAUCCAAAAACGAACAACUAUUGUAGCUAUGGGAAAACAAAACAAAUGGAAUCAGCUAUUGAAUAAUUAUGAAGUGAAUGACAACUUUAAGUUGGUUUCUCUAUUCCAAAUUUCAAUUUAGCUUAUUCACCUACACUAUUAAUUAUUACAGCACCAAUAACAGCGGUUCUCAACGUUUUUCUUGAGAGGUAACCCUUGGAACUUUUACAUUCAUUGAGGUACCUCCUAUUUUUUCGUUGUAAAUGAAAAUAAGCAUAAAUCAUGAUGUAUAUGAAAAACUGAUCUGAAAACUAACGGGAGAUAGGCAAUCCAAAAAGUUUCCUGAUUUUUUUCUGAAUGCAUAUUAAUUUCAUACAUCAAGCUUCCUAUAAGAUUUUGAGGACUUUUUGAGGCUUCCGAGCCUCUUGAAAUGAGGCUGCCGAGCCUCUUGAAAGGAGGCUGCCGAGUCUCUUGAAAGGAGGCUGCCGAGCCUCUUGAAAGGAGGCUGCCGAGCCUCUUGAAAGGAGG